CUCUCAAUUCCUCAUAACAAAUUUCCUCUACACAUUACCAAAAUGCCUAUCCCUGUUCCCUCCGCUUCCAGCCUCCACGACCUCUUCAGCCUCAAAGGCAAGGUCGUCGUUGUGACCGGCGCCUCCGGCCCUCGUGGUAUGGGCAUUGAAGCCGCCCGUGGCUGCGCUGAAAUGGGCGCCAACGUCGCCCUCACCUACUCGUCUCGUCCUGAAGGUGGUGAGAAGAACGCCGCAGAAAUCGCAGAGACCUACGGUGUCAAGGCGAAGGCCUACAAGUGCAACGUGGGCGACUGGAACAGCGUCAAGAAGCUCGUCGACGACGUGCUUGCCGAGUUUGGCCAAAUCGACGCCUUCAUCGCCAACGCUGGCAAGACUGCCAACAGCGGUAUCCUGGACGGCUCCGUGGAGGACUGGGAAGAGGUCAUUCAGACCGAUCUGACGGGCACAUUCCACUGCGCCAAGGCAGUGGGCCCCCACUUCAAGCAGCGGGGCAAGGGCAGCUUCAUCAUCACCUCCAGCAUGUCCGGACACAUUGCCAACUUCCCGCAAGAACAGACCUCGUACAACGUGGCCAAGGCUGGGUGUAUCCACAUGGCCCGGUCGUUGGCGAAUGAGUGGAGGGACUUUGCCCGCGUGAACAGCAUUUCCCCGGGUUACAUCGACACUGGACUGUCGGACUUUGUGGACAAGAAGGUUCAGGAUCUGUGGAUGUCGAUGAUUCCAAUGGGCCGCAACGGAGAUGCAAAGGAGCUGAAGGGUGCUUAUGUCUAUCUGGCUAGUGAUGCCAGUACGUACACGACGGGCCACGAUCUGGUUAUCGAUGGAGGAUACACUGUGCGGUAAAGGCUGCGCCGGUUAUGGAUGAGUUAAUGACAUGUACGUUAAUGCAAAUGAUGCUAUCUGGACGCUUCCGGAGAAGAACUGGAACUU